AUGUCAGCAGGCAGUCUGGAUGUGAUCUGUAUCAUGAUGGAGGCUGUUGUUGGGAUAUGUGUGGUGGUGGGCAAUGCCUUGAUGAUCUGCACAGUGAAGCUGAACCCAGCUCUGCAGAAGACCACCUUCUUUUACAUCGUUUCCCUGGCCCUCGCUGGCCGUGCCAUGGGGACCCUUGUCAUGCCGCUGGCUGUCAUGGUGAGCCUGGGAGUCGUCAUCCAUUUCUACUGCUGCCUGCUCAUAUGCUGACUGAUGAUCUUUUCUCGUGCCUUGAUCCUGACUCUCCUGGCCGUCGCAGUUGACAGGUACCUGCGAGUGAAGCUGCCGACCAGGUACAGGGCAGCCAUCACGAAGAAAAGGGUUUGUGUGAUUCUGGGACUCUGCUGGCUUGUGUCCAUGCUGGUGGGGCUGGACCCCAUGCUGGGCUGGAACCAGUGCACAGGCAGUGCCAGCUACAUCGAGUGUCAGUAUUUGGCUGUGAUGAGAAUGGAUUAUGUGGUGUAUUUCAGCUUCUUCACCUGGAUCCUCCUUCCCUGGCUCAUCAUGUGUGCCCUCUGCACUGAGAUGUUCUACAUCAUGUGGACAAAACUAAGCCCGAGCUCAGCAAGCUGCGGGCAGCCCAGGGGCACGGCCGACUCCAGCAGGUUGACAGCAGAGCCGACGUGA